AUGCUCCACAAGCUUACAACAACUCUCACUCGUGACGAUGGCUCUGCUUCGGGAUUCAUGAGCACACCCGCACGAACGUAUACACCUCCCAGCAAAGACCAGUCCACAUCUGCAUACGCGGGGGGACCACCACUUGGGGAGAAUGACCAGACGUUUGAAGGCAGCUCUUCCAUGAUCGCCCACACAGCGUUUGCCAGCGAAUUCGUGGAGAAGGCCGUGACGAAUACCCCUCUCGGCCGUCAUCUGAGUCCGAAUAUCGAGUCCGCACUGGAGUCUUUACGAAGAAUGGUUCAGAUGCAGCGGCGGAAAGAUAUUUCACACGAGAGUUCGUUUACCCACCAGAAGCCAAUACCUAAGGGCGGCCUCAGUCAACUCCCCCUGCCGCCAACAGAUGUUGUGCUGAGCUUAUUGCGCGAGAUCAAGGCCAAACUGCCCCUGGUCUUCUCGACCAGCUGUUCCUUCAUCACGGUUGAUUCCUUCAUUGAGUCGUGUCAGAAAGUAUUCUUCCCGACCGAAGACUACAGUUCCGCCGUAUUCAUCGUCGCCAAUGCCGGCCUCUACUACCUGUUCCAAGAAAAGUCAUUCACAGACGAAUCCAACAGCCGACAGUACCGCGAAUACCACUACCUGUGCAGGGAUAACUUGGAGACAGCCUUGGCCAACUUGCCGCUCCUGCUGCCGUGCAACAAGGAGAUCAUCGAAGCGCUUCUGCUCGGUGUCACCUACUCGAUCGAGGUCUCGAAAUUUUCACUUGGGUGGCAGCUGAACCGUGCCGCAGCCAACAUUUGCCAGACGCUCGGCUGGCAUCGUCUCCGGGAGACCGACAAUGACACAAAUGACGCAAAGUUGGCCUUGUUCUGGUUCUGCUACAUGAUGGAGAAGGGCCUCUCGCUGCGCUUUGGCCGCGCUUCUGUCAUGCAAGACUGGGACAUCUCCACGCCCCGCCGCUUUCACACCGGCCUCCGAACGGAGCCAUGGACCGAGGCCAUCAAUCUGUGGAUCAAGACCGGAAGCGCCCUGGGCGAGACGUACCAGCACCUCUACAGCCCCGCGGCUCUGGCUCUGCAGCCGGGCCAACGAAUUGAGACCGCGCGCCUCCUGGUGGCAAAGAUUAAACAGGUGUGGAGAGAGUUGGUGGACCUGUCGACGAUGUUUGACCAGGGAAACGGCACCGUAGACGGAGAUGUAUCGGACGACGGGGUCAAAGGGCGGCACAUGUCGCUGGACAUGCUCCUCAAGUCAGCAGAGGUGAGCCACCUGGCUUCUCUGACCCUCGUGUAUCGCGCGAUUCUAGGUGAACCGGGCUUUCCCAGCACAUUCAACACGGAAUGCAUCGAAGCGGCCAGAGCGGCAAUCAAAUGUCACGACGAAUGCAUGAAACAUGCCUCGGACAAUCCGUUCGAACAGGCCGGGUAUCUGCACUGGACGAUCCUCUACGUCCCUUUCACCCCUUUCAUCGUCCUCUUCUGCCACAUCAUCGAGACGUCAUCCGGGGCCGACGACCUCCACCGCCUCGAGCAAUUCACCACGAGCCUGCAGCCCGUGCUGUCCAUGUCGCCCGGCAUCGAGAAACUACACCGCCUCUGUAAAGUGCUGUCCCAAAUCGCCGCCCUGUACGUCGAGGCCAAGGCGCAUCAGCGCGAAACCCAGCACCAGAAUCAGCGCGACGACCACCAGGACACGACCAUGCUCGGCAACGACUUUGAUCUGUACCUGUCCCAGCUGGGGUUCAUUGCCCAGCCGCAGCCGCACAACACGGGCGGAGAUUAUGUGACCGAAGGAAGCGAUCAUGAUGGUGGUGGUGGUGUCGGUCCAGGUAUACCAGUGGCGAACAACCCGGCUGCGCUGGGAGAUUGGUUCUCGGGGAAUAGGUACGUCAUGGGACUGGUGGAGGAGGACUUGACGCCUUUUGAUCCAGAGGCUUGGACGUUGUGA